UCGCGUUCCGCGCUCGCGACGCUCCUCUAUAACUGGCUGAUUUUCCCUGGAGCUUAUUUAUUUCGAAUCUGAAACUCGCCGCGGUUAACACGCGCGGUUACCUACGAUCGCGGCUGCGAGUCGGUCGAUCGAUUUUCUCUUUAUUCUGGGAUACCGUCGAUAGCGGACAGCACGCGUACACUAUACGUAGAAAAAGAAAAAUAAAGUUGCCAAGACGAAGACGAAGACAAAGAGAAAACGAAACGAGGAAACGAAAAUAAAAAAAAUAACUAAAGUGUUCGCUCAUUGCCGAUCAAAGUGACUUUGUAUUCAGUUUUACAGCGUUACGAUUCGUCGGUGCAUCAAAUUUUGUUUAUCCACGAAUUACUAUUAUCGUGAACGUUCCCGUUACCGAUUUAUUUCUCUUUAAGACACUUUAGUGUUGGUAUUGCUCAUUGUUAUUGUACUUUCGAGUUGCGACACUUCGGGUUUCUCGUUCUCGUUACUGUUGCUGUUGCUGUUGCUGUUGCUGUUGCUGUUGCUGUUGCUGUUGCUGCGAUCCGUGACUUUGAUAACGAUAACGAUAUUUAUUCUGUCGUGAAAGAUUAAGCGGGAUCUGUUCGCUCGACGACAUCGUAGGUAGGUAAGUGUUUCUGAAAGAAAUGAACGCAAAAGAACGCGUUUGCGUCGGCAGCUGUUGUUCAAGAAUCGCGGUUGACGCGUACAAUUGACGGAGUCGACGUCAAAGUCAACAUAGAAAGCGAGCGACUCGGGUGUAAAAUGAAAAAUUCAGCUGCCGAUGGUGCACGUGGCGGAACUGUUUAACGAAAUGACAAUUGUUCGUGUCUUUUUACCAUUUGUUCCAUGCCGUAUCCACGAUUAACCAGAGAAUCGGACUUUCCAUCACGUGUUUGCUUUCCUGCAAACGCGGGCCAAUUUCCGAACAAAAACCGAACCUACGACGAGCCACGCAUACAAGUCGAUGCGACGAAAAACGAAUCAACGAAUCAACGAAUCAAGGAAAAAAGAGUUUACUUUGGUCAAGUUGAAUCUUCUGGUCGACGAUCGCUCGGCUAGGAAACAGCUGCUGUCUCGAAGAGCGGCAAAGAAAUUUCUGGAAGCUUGUAAGCCGACUGUAUAUCGUUUUCGAUAAAAGAGAGAACUCGAUAGGACACAUGUAGUAUCGCCGUCCAGCCGGACGAAGGCAUUAUCCGCGUUGUUUGCACAGCUCGUGGCUCGAGCCGACCCCACAUUUUUCAACGAAUUUUCUCUUGCAGAAACCUUGAAACGAAUUUCUGUGAACGCCUGUGAAGAAUUUCCCAUUCCUUCAUCUUUUUUUCGAUCAAACUCGAGGGACUUGAUUUUAAUUUUGAACUUGAUCAAAGAAGAACACGUGUUUAUCGUGUUUAGAGGAAAUGAUUACUUGAUUGGAAAGUAACUGAAAAAGUCUGAUGCUUGAACCGCAAAACGUUCGAACGAUAAAAUAUCGUAAUAUAUCGGAGAUGCGAUUCCUCACGCAACUUUUCUCAACGUUCGUAACAUCGAGCUGCUGUCGUUCCUCUCUGUUCUAAGGAUCCGAUUAAAAAGGAGACGUGCGUGCGCCCGCGCGUUUUAGUCGUGUGUGCCUGGUGUUUGGAAAAGAGGGAAACGUAGAGGGGAGCGGGGGAGCAAUAAAGACGAUCGCGGCAAAAUUGUUGAAAAGGAUUGCGUGCGACGUUUAGGUUAGGGCCGUUCGGAAAAGAGGAGGGUAGAAGAAGAGGAUCUAGGGAAACACGCGAAGCCGUUUGAAAAGCGGUCGGUAGCUGGUGAAAGGAUAAACGAGUGGAACGGAGAUAAGGAAGAAAAUAGACGACGCGUUCGGAAACAACCGGACCAAAACAGAGAAAAAUAGAAGAAAAAAAGAUGACAAAGUGCAAAUCCUUGUCCGUCGUCCCUGAACGUUGUGCCAACAACGUUGCGUUCGACGAAGAAUCGAUGUCCGUCCGAUCGCGAUGUCGAAAUCUGGCCGCCUUUUGGAUACUUGGUCUCUGCAAUAAUUAUGGAUACGUGGUGAUGCUUAGCGCCGCGCACGAUAUCCUUGAGAGCAAGUUUGGUAAAACGGCGGACUCGAACGGACCGCUGACGAAUGCUACUGCGAACACCACCGGAAUUCGAUCCUGCAACACGCUCUCUACGGGCACCAUACUACUGGCGGACAUUCUGCCAUCGCUAGUCGUCAAGAUCGUAACACCUUUCUUACCGUUUUACGUAAAUGCUCGACUGGCUACCUGUGUGUUAUUUUCCGCUGCAGGAUUCCUUGUGGUGUCGUUAAGCACUACCGAAUGGCUCGCCAUUCUGGGUGUUGUUCUAACGUCACUCUCUUCCGGUCUGGGAGAAGUUACGUUGCUGAGUUAUAGUCAUCAGUAUCCCAAACAGGUAAUUGCAACAUGGUCUUCCGGUACAGGAGGUGCCGGAAUAAUUGGCGCGUUGUCCUAUGCCGCCCUCACCAUGUGGUUGAGCAACGAAGACACAUUAUUAGUUAUGUUAAUCGUACCGGCCAUACAAGGGGUCGUUUUCUGGUUGGUUCUGGUCCAUCCACCGCAGUCCAGUAUACCAAUCACUAAGAACGGUAUCGACAGUCAGGAGCAAAUCAUCGAGGCUCCAAGAAAGAGCUUCAAAGAAAAGAUUAAUCUGGUACCGGGGUUACUGAAGUAUAUGAUUCCACUUGGACUCGUCUAUCUCUUCGAGUAUUUCAUUAACCAAGGAUUGUACGAGCUAAUCGAAUUCGAUGGUAUUUGGUUGACGCAUGCCGAACAGUACCGUUGGCUUCAAGUGGAUUAUCAGAUAGGAGUAUUCGUCUCAAGAUCGUCCGUAAAUUUCGUCACGAUUAACAAAAUUUGGAUCAUGGCCGUGUUGCAGUUCGUCAACGUGAUCGUUCUGUUAUUCGAGACCCUGUACUAUUAUAUGCCAACUAUUUGGCUAGUAUUCGUCUUUGUCCUGUGGGAAGGACUCCUUGGCGGUGGAGCGUACGUCAACACGUUUUAUCGGAUGUCGACCGAGAUACCAAGAGCGGAUCGGAAAAUCUCGUUGGGAAUUGCCACGAUGGCUGAUUCUAUUGGGAUCGCGAUGGCGGGAUGGUUAUCGAUGCCGGUUCACAAUGCGAUUUGCAAACUACCACAACCGAGUCGAGUAGGUAGCUAGUUGAUCUUUAGAAAAGAAAUAGUAUUUAACGAUAGUCACGCGAUCAAGCAUCAUCUCACAUGGUCCCUGGUAAAAGCGUGCGCGAUAUUAGUAAUUGAAUUUUCUUCGAUGUGCCCUUCCGGGCACGGUAAUGCUGUUGUUUACCGAGCAUAACGUCGCUCGGACAGAGAGAGAGAGAGACGAUUUAUCCGAUGAUCCUUGAGAAAUCAAGAAAGAUCGUAAAAUAGUUGUCUUUUCGGUCGAUGGAGUUCUCUCGUCCGUGCAUCGUUCGAUUUUCUAGUCGAUGGAGUUCCGGCUGGACUUUUCAAGUUCGAUCGUUCCAACAUUUAUUUAUUAGAAAUUAUCAUCAAAAGACCAAGAACGGGAUACAAAGCGAACGCGAAUGUAAGCAGACAACGAACGAAAGGUACCUCGAUCGAUUAAAAACUGUGUUUCUGUUCAUUGUUUUGUGUGUGUGUGUGUGUGUGUGUGUUUUUUUUUCUUUUUUUUUCCUUUCAUUCAAAGUGUAUACCGAGGAUGUAUUUAGAACCGACAGUUGUUGUUCUAUAAUAGAAUCAAAGUACAGAACUCGUUCGAUUAUUCAAAUUCCAUUCAAAUUCCAUAUCCACGAAUUGGCCCGUUAGAAUUUAGCCGAUUGAACGAAUACUCCCUUUUUCGGCCCCCACCUCUACAUACACGUAAUAGUAGCAAGUUGUCACGUUUCUAAAAAUUGUUUAAUCGAUAUAUCAGUUGCUUGUCACAGUCCCGGCGCGUCAUAACUCGACGCGCGAGAGAUCAUCGCACUGUCCUUCGGUGCAACAAAGAAACGUUAGAAAACUGUUGCUGUUAGACACUUUGUGAAAAUAACUAUGAUUAAUUUUGAUUGAUUUGGA